AUGGACAGCAAUUUUCAGAACAGUGAAGUAAGAAGCACCAAAGGCCGCAAAGAGAGCGGCAUCCAAAGGGUCAAGAAUGGCGCUAAAGGAAGCAAGAACAGCGGCACCCAAAGCCGCAAGGAUAAGAACACCAAAGACGAAGAUAGCGGCAACCACAGCCGCGGGACGGCAGUCGUCGAGAAUGGCGCCAAAUGCAGCAAGAACAGCGGCACCCAAAGCCGCAAGGAUAAGAACACCAAAGACGAAGAUUGCGGAUAUCGCGGCAUCGAUACCGCGGGAACAGCAGCGCCAAAGACGAAGAUAGCGGCAACCACAGCCGCGGGACGGCAGUGUUCAGAACUGGGAGGCAAGAAGUAUCAAAGACCGCAAAUAAAGCGGCAUCCAAAGCGUCGAGAAUGGCGCCAAAAGCAGCAAGAAUAA